AUGUUGUUCAAGAAUAGUUCUUCUUUGAGAAUAGGAAAUUUAAAUACAUUUUUUCACAAAACAUAUUUAUCUUCUAUUUUCGGAUAUCAAAAUAUAGAGAACAUUUUAUUAUUAAGAAAAGCAAGUAUGGCGAAUAUUUUAAAUGAACAAUUAUAUGAUUCAAGGAAAUAUAUGCAUAAAAUAUCAAGAGGGGUUUUAUAUAGUGAUGAUGAUACUAUAGUGGAUAAUUAUAAAGUUUAUAAAUAUAAAGAUGAAAAAUCAAAAGAGGAAAAUAAGUUUAUUUUGGGUAAUAAAGAAAGUCAUGGAAACGAGAAUAAUAUUAUUUUUGAAGAUGGAAACCCAGAGAUAAGUUUUUUUACCAACAGAGAAAAUUUUAAAAUAGCUAGAUAUACAUGGAAAGCCAAAGAAGAAAAACCUAAAGCAUAUGUUUUUGCUUUACAUGGAAUUACUACACAUUUAAGAAACCAAUAUUUAAAUUAUUAUGGUAGACCCGAAUGGGCUAAUAAGAAUGAAAACACAAUGAAAGAAUGUUCUAUUAACCAAAGCAGUAAGUUAAGGAAUAGUUGUUCUCAAUCAAAUAAAGAUAUAUCUAAAGAAAAAAAGGAGGAUUGUUCUAUCUCUAAAGAUAAUAUAUCAAAUAAAAAACAAAAUAAUGAGAAUAAUGUUAAUGAAAAUGUACAUUCACAAAAUGUUACAAAUAAAAAAGAUUUUACAAAAUCAAUGGAUGAUAAUAAUGUUUUAUUAUUUACCGAAAGUGAUAAAGAUAAUGAUGUUUAUAAAAACUUAUAUUAUUGUUCAAAAUGUGGUCUUUCAAAUUAUUGUAAUUGUGGAAAAAGGACAUUGUCUUAUGAAAGUAGUUGGAUUCAAACACUAAAUGAUAAUGGUUAUACGUUUUGUGGUAUUGAUAAUCAAUCACAUGGAUUAUCAGAGGCAUCAAGAAAUGAACGAUGUUUUGUUGAAGAUUUUGAAAAUUUCGUCGCUGAUGCUGUUCAGGCAUUAGAAAUAUUUGUAAAUGAAUGGAAAGCAAAAAAUGAAUUAAGACCUAUAAUAAUUAUGGGUGCAUCUAUGGGUGGAUGUAUAGCUGUGAAAAUGUUUGAAAGGAUAUAUGAAGAAAAAAAAGAAUGGAGAAAAUAUAUUAAAGGUUUAGCACUAAUAUCUCCUAUGAUGAGUAUAGAAAAACAAACAAGUUCAUUAUUUAAUAAAUUGUUAAUAGGCCUAGCAUAUAUUCUUAAAAAAAUUUUUCCUCUUUAUAGAUUUAAAGAUUUAGGUAGAAAUCUAAAAUAUCCAUGGGUUAAACUGGAUAAUUAUAUAGAUCCUUAUCAUUACCAUGAACAAUUAAAAGCUGGUAUAGCUUUAGAAUGUUUAUUUGGUACCUAUUCAUGUAUGAAAAGUAAAAUUUUAAAAUAUAUAGAUGAAAGUGAUAUUGAUAUUAUAGUGUUACAAUCAAAAUAUGAUAGUAUAGUGGAUCCGAUUGGUACUGUAAAUUUUGUAAACAAAAUGGUUAAUAUAUAUAAUAAAAAAGAUGAAGAUUAUAAUUCAAAUAAUAAUGAAAGUAAUAAUAAAAAUAAUGAUCAUUUAAAUAAGGAGUGCCAUAUGAAGUCGAAUAAUAAUUCAAAUAUAUCAGAAACUAUAAAAAGUGGGGAUGAUAAAAAUUUGAUAUCAAAUCAAUCAAAUAAUUUAUCUAACAAAACAUGUAAAUAUGAAAAAGAUUAUGUAAUUUUAUCAGGAAUGGAUUUAAAAGAUGAGGAUAUUUUAUGGAAAGCAUGUGAUCAUGGACAUUAUAAAAAUUAUAAAAGGAUGAAAAAUUCUACAAAAAGUGAUAAAAAAAAUGAAAAGGAUAAGAACAAUUAUAAACAUUUGAGUGCACAUAUAUUAAAUUAUGGAUGUCACAAAUUAUCUUGUGAGCCAGAUAAUAAAGUAACGUCAUCGAUAUUUAUCGAUUGGCUCAACAAUAUAUUUAGCUAA